AUGACUUCAACUCAAAUAUCAACGCAUAUGAAACAACUGAUACAGAAACGAGCCAUUCUUAAGACUCAAGUAACGCGAAUCCUAACAUAUUUGAACGACACUCCAGACGCUUCUAUUAUUUCAUUAGAAAUUCGUCAAAAGAGGCUAGAACAGUUGUACGAUUAUUUUUCGGAGACUCAGACAGUGCUGGAAUUAGGAGAAACGAAUGAAGAAACCGAUCAUUCUUCGGAACGCGAAAAGUUCGAAAACGAAUAUUAUUUAGCCGCAAAUUUAAUUACUGAUCGUUUAAAAGAGCUUUACAAACCUGCCAGACCUGCAUCUGAUGUUAAACCUACGGAUUCAUCUAGUAACACGUUCCAAGCUCUUUUGGGAAUUAAAUUAGAACCCUUUGAUGGCAAUCCAUUUCAGUGGCAUGAUUUUCGCUGCAUCUUCAUGUCACUCGUACAGGAUUGCGAGAAUCUAUCCGGCGUGCAAAAAUUGCUUCUAUUAAAAAAUUUUGUUUGUGGUGACGCAGCGGCGGUAAUCGCAUCGUUGAACGCGACGGAAGAAAAUUAUUUAGUUGCAUGGGAUUUGUUGAAAAAGCAGUGCUAUAGACCCAGACUGCUCAUCGACGCGCAUUUACAACAUUUGUUAGAACUUCCGGUCGUUACGUGCGAUAGUCCUUCGAAACUCAGACAUUUGAUACGACAAGUACAAAUUCAUGUGGGCAAAUUAAAGGUUUUAGAACAACCCACGGAACAUUGGGAUACAAUAUUAAUUCAUAUCCUUGUAAAAAAGUUAGAUGAGAAAACGCGACGUGCGUGGGAGAGAUCAUUAGAGGAUGACGAAAUUCCUACAUUCAAUCAACUAGUCGCAUGUAUCAAGAAGCAAAUACGUGAAUAUGAGCUCGAGCAAAAAUUGCCCGAUUCGCUCAAAUCGAAUACCUCGGAUAAUCGUUCACAAGGAAAAACUCAAAAUCGCGAUCAAUCUGUUUCGACACAGACUCAGCAACAGUGUAUCGUUUGUGAAGAGGAACAUUCUAUCUAUACGUGUCCAAGAUUUCUACAAUCAUCGGCUAAUGAUCGUUUCAACACGGCAAAGAGAUUAAAACUCUGUGUUAACUGUCUUGGAUCAAAUCACUUAGUCAGUAAUUGUAGAUCAUGGAACUGUCGUAAAUGCGAAAAAAGGCAUCACACGCUUCUUCAUUUUUAG